AGUCGUGUGACGUCAUAACCGGAUCGGACUCCCGGAUAGGUUUUUAACACUAUUAUUUGUCGAUAACAUCCCGCAGUAAUGGCGGCAAGAAAUAAGAAGGGGAAAUUCGUGAAAUCCUCUCGUAUAAAGCAAAAUGAAGUCCUGAGGAGAGAGUGUGUAAAAUAUUGGGACCGCAGUGAUGAUACUACUUCUAAAGUAAAUGUUGAAACACCUGUAAUCACUCCAGUUACGAACGAAGACCAUGUGUAUCACUGUGUUGACCCCCUUGCUAGCGAUGUCCGUGUUGCUAGAGAAGAAAUUGUUGAGCCAACGGGUAAAAAUGAUUGGAGCGAAGGUAGACGUAUAAUCGAACUUGGUAUCCUUGCAAAUAAUUUGAAGGAGUGCAAGAGAUGUGGACAACCUUUGCAUUUAUCCGAUUGUGUUGGAGAGACUAGAUUCGGACUCGCUCAAAUUCUCCAAGUACAGUGUAGAUACCAGGAGUGUAGGCUACUUAAUGAUGUCCCAACAGGCAAAAAACAUCAAACAGAAAAGGGAGGAAAAGCAUGGGAUAUUAAUACGAAAGUAGCAGUAGGAAUGAUCAAUGGUGGCUUCGGAGAGUCUCAUUUAAAUGCCUUUUUAGCAGCACUAAACAUUCCAGGAAUUUCGAAGGGAGGUCUAAAGGAAAGGGAAAGGGAAGUUGGCAGUACACUGAGUAAAAUGGCAGAAGAAAGUUGUCGAACCAGUCUAUUAGAGGAAGUUGAAAAGAGUGAUGGUAAUCUCACUGUCAGCUUCGAUGGUGCCUGGCAAAAACGGGGUACUGGGCGUGCCUACAAUAGCCUUACAGGACAUGCAAGUUUGAUUGGGGAAAAAACCAAGAAAUGUGUUGGUUAUGCUGUAAAAUCUAAAAAAUGCAGAAUAUGUGACUUGGCAAAACGGAAGGAUGUUCCUGUGAGGAAGCACAAAUGCAGUCGAAACUGGUCAGGGUCAGCCGAAUCUAUGGAACCUGCUAUGGCUUGCGAGAUGGUGCAGAGCAUAAAAGAUCAAGGUGAAAAGGUUACUACGUUAGUAAUGUACAACGAUUCUACAACAAUAGCCAGAUUGAGAGCAACUGUUGAUCCAGAUAUAAAGAAAAAGGUGGACAGCAAUCACAUGAAAAAAGGGUUUACUGGAAGUCUUGUGGAAAUCAGCAAUACCCAUAAAGUAUUGAAAAAUGUUAAAGUUAAAACUCACAUUGAGAGAUGCUUUACAUAUUGUGUUCAUCAGGCAUCUGAAGAUCCAGAAAAGUUAGCCAAUGAUCUGGGGAAAAUUGUUCCUCAUUUAUAUGGGGACCAUUCCAUGUGUGGCACAUGGUGCAGGAGUGAACAAACUGGUUACAAACCAAAAAACUUGCCAUAUGGGAAACCUCUAACAAGUGAGCCUCUGAGAUCAGCUCUAGAAAAACUGUUUGAGAAGUAUGCAGACCGGGCAACUGAGUUGGUGUCGAUGGGAUCCACUCAAGUGAAUGAAAAUUUUAACCACAUGGUUAGCAAAGCGCCUAAAAGAAUGUGAAUAAAAGGCUGACAAUGUCUCCUGGAAGAUACACCCUCAAGCAUUCCAGGAUCCUACAAAGCAGACUGAAGCUGAAGCGAUUACAACAAGCAAAGCGGAGCACAAAGCGGAGGCGUUUAGAGCUGAAGUCAGAGCGGUCUUCAAAAGAUGCAUCACAAUCUGUUCUUGAAGGUAAGUCAGAUAAAUACAAUUUAUCUGAAACUUAAUUUAGAUGUUUCUUUUUACCUAUCAUUUUUUUC